GAAUUUGACAUCAGACAUAACGAAACUUUUCAACUACGAUUAGACUCGAAGGGAAAACGGGCCAUCAUGUCGGUUAAUUACACAGCUCCGAUAGAAUCAGAUCAGCAAAACGCAUACACCCAUUCAUCUUCAUCUUCAGCGAAAAAGGAUGAUGCCAAAAGUUCUCCCUCAAAUACAAAGGAUGGGGUCGUCCUUGCGAAGACUAAAGCAGACCGAGAUGUAGUAGAACAGAAGAGAUCAGAAGCCGUAUCCUUGAGGAAAUCUCGAGGAGAUGAUCCUGAAUUUCUUGAAAUUAUGGGAUUGGAAAUCGUUGAUAUUCAUGUGGGACCACAAACGAAGCUCUUCCGAAUCCAUCGAGGCAUACUUUGUGAUAAGGUGCCAUAUUUCCAAAAGAUGUUUUCAAGUGGUUUCGUUGAGGGAUUGGAAGGCAAAGCAUUCUUUCCAGAAGAUAAUCCAAAAUGUUUUGAUUUUUUCAUGGGUUGGAUAUAUUUUGGUACUCUGCGAGUCAUUGAUAAUUUUACCGCUACCGCAGUUUCAAAGGCUGAGUAUGGAAUGAAUCUACUAUCGUUGUAUAGUUUCGCAGAUAAGCUAUGCCUACCUAAGCUCAUGGAUCUUGUUCUCGAUGCGUACAAAAAUUCAUAUGGGGGAGGCUAACAGAUUCCCCAAGGUAAUUUUAGUCAGUAAUACAUACCAACUGACA